GCUUUUUAGUGAGAAAUUAAACACGAGCCGGCGCGGUUCUGUUGUCGUGAACGAUCUAAAUUAGACACACACACAUACACAUACACACACACAUACAUAUACAGUGUAUAUGACCCCACACAUAUGUACACAUUUAUACAUAUAUACAUUCUUAUGCAUACGACACGCGCGUGCAUUUGUAUACAAUCUAUAUUUUUGUACCGGCCAUGCGACGAUGAUUAGAUGAUUUCUUUUCUAUCUCGGAGUGCGUACAUGCGGAAAUAUUAUUGUGUAUAUGCCUUUCUCACACGUAUACGGUGUAAAGUCGGUCUAAAGUCCGGCAGAGUCCAUCAUUACCGAUGGGUAGAACGGAUAUGUCAAAGACGCUCAACGCCUAUAGAAUUAAAAAGAUCGAGAACAUAGGCAGGAUGACGGCUAUGACGCAGGAGGAGAUAGUCGCAGGCACCAGAACUGUGGCGCAGGGCCUAGAGGCCUUGCGGGUGGAGCACGGUGGACUCUUGCAGGGUCUGCAGUCUCAAGAUGCACCAGCGGCGCGUGACAAAGCCAGUUUGCUGUCGAAAAUCAUCGAGAUGAUCGACUUAGGCCUGGGCGAGGCCCAGGUAAUGCAAGCACUCGCCAGCCACUUACAGAUGGUUGAGGCGGAAAAACAAAAGCUAAGGACCCAAGUGAAGAGGCUGUGCCAGGAAAAUGCCUGGUUGCGAGACGAGCUAGCCGGGACCCAGCAGAAGCUACAAGCAAGCGAACAAGCGGUCGCUCAACUAGAAGAAGAGAAGAGGCAUUUAGACUUUAUGGCCAGUAUGCGACAAUACGAUCCCGAUCCGUCGACAGAGGAUGAAAAUGCUAAGGAUAGGCCGAAAGAUGACCCCGUUGUGGACCUUUUUCCUGAUGAUGAUGCGGAUGAUCGCAAUAGUAAAUCCAUAUCUCCGACUCCACCAUCACAAUUUGCGCAGCAAGUGAACGCUGGUUACGAAAUACCGGCGCGACUGCGCACCUUGCAUAACCUAGUGAUUCAAUAUGCGAGUCAAGGUCGCUAUGAAGUCGCAGUACCGUUGUGCAAGCAAGCGUUGGAGGACUUAGAGAAGACCUCCGGUCAUGACCACCCGGACGUGGCUACCAUGUUGAACAUUCUCGCACUUGUAUACCGCGACCAGAACAAGUAUAAGGAAGCGGCGAAUUUACUGAACGACGCCCUGGCUAUUCGCGAGAAGACUUUAGGUGAAAAUCACCCCGCUGUGGCGGCGACUCUCAAUAAUUUGGCAGUGCUGUACGGGAAACGAGGCAAAUACAAGGAAGCGGAGCCAUUGUGCAAGCGUGCGCUAGAGAUACGCGAGAAAGUAUUGGGUCGUGAUCACCCUGACGUCGCAAAACAGUUGAAUAAUUUGGCGCUGUUGUGUCAGAACCAGGGCAAAUACGAGGAAGUCGAACGCUAUUAUCAACGUGCACUCGAGAUCUACGAGGCCAAGCUGGGUCCAGACGAUCCCAACGUCGCCAAGACGAAGAACAACCUAGCCUCGUGUUUCCUCAAGCAAGGCAAAUACAAAGACGCCGAGGUGCUAUACAAACAGGUGCUCACGCGGGCGCACGAGAGGGAAUUCGGUGCUAUCGACGGCGACAACAAGCCGAUUUGGCAGGUUGCCGAGGAGAGAGAGGAAAAUAAGCACAGGAAUAAAGAGAACACACCAUAUGGUGAAUAUGGUGGUUGGCACAAGGCAGCGAAAGUGGAUUCGCCGACUGUCACGACUACUUUGAAAAAUCUGGGCGCGUUGUAUCGUAGGCAGGGCAAAUACGAGGCCGCGGAGACUUUGGAAGACUGUGCUAUGAGAUCACGUAGAGAGCAUGUGCAGCAAGCAUUGGAGCUGGUGAAUAAGGCUCGAGUGGCGCAGUUGUUGGGUGACGAGAAAGGCUCUACAAGACGCGGCUCCCGUUCCAGUUUGGUGAACAGCGAGCAUGAACAGAGCCACGAUGAGAUUUUGGAGUAUACUCUAAAGCACGGUAUCCAUGAGAUAACAACGACGAUGACUACGACCACGACGACAACGAUUAUGACAAAGACGAAGACGAAGACGCACCGAGAAAACGCACCUGGAACGACGGACAGUUAAUGGACAGAUAAUGAAGGUUCGAGUGUGCUGCAGGAGUGGAAAUACGCUUUCCGCGCAAAGUAAGGCGCAUAUUCGUCGAGGAAAAUCUUCACUUGACCAGCAGACUGUAAUCUGGAGUGGAUGAGAAGAACAAAAUAAAGAGAGGGGAGGGAAGACUAUGCGGUGUUUUCCGUAAUAUUGACCGAUAUUCAUCGCUUGCGUCGUUCGAAUAGUGUUCAAUGUACAUAGCACAUUCCAGUCGCUUCUGAUAAACAAACUAACGUACUCUAGAACGCGAGCCUCCACCGUUGUUUUUAGUUUCUCACUACUUUGUCUGUUGUAAUUCUUCAAUCGCGCGAUGUGAAAUUUGUCUGCUUUGGGGAACAAGAAUUUGUGAAGAAAAGAGUAUGUGUGCACGCGGAUUCGAAAGAUAUUCGUAUAAUCUAUCAAUAAAAAAAUUCGCGAGUCUCGCUUCAUAAAUCAUUUUGCGAUGUAUGUUCACUCAUUCACAUUGUUGAUACAUUCAUCGACCAACACCAUCACAUCUCAUCGGUCCGCAAAUACACACGGUGCGCUCUCUAAUUUUAAAUGUAUGUACGCCGAAACGAUCGAUGAUCCACGCUCACGCUCGCGUUCGUGCCAUCCACUUGCGUUAACAGCUUCCCUCUUCUAGUACCAACAUACGUGGAAUAUCCGUUCGGUCCGAGAUGUUAUUUAUUUAAGUCACAUGAAGAAUUUAUUUAUCGGUCGGCUAGAAACUGUGAGCGAGGCGAUUAUUCGAUUUAGUUAACAUGACUUACAAGUUCUAAGCACCAAAAGGAACAAGAACAUAACUUACGUAUUAGUGUACUAUAUGCUAGGUUUUUAUCGUUCUACUUUAAGGCCAAUAUCGUCAUUUCUUUUUUUUCUUUCGUAAUAAUGAUUAAAUUUUAAUUGAAAAUCAUGGUCGAGACGAAAGCGAUUGUAUUCCGACAUUCUCCGAUGUCCUCGAGCAUUUACAGUGCCUGAGAGCUUCAAGGCCUAGAUUCUUUUUUGAUUAUGCAUUGUACUUUGUGAUUAAAGUGUACGUCGAGCCUCAACGGGUAGCAUGGGCUUCGCUACAACCCAUGGGACCUCUCAGAUCUCAUGUGGCACUGAGCGUUUCACGAUGUGAGCAUGUCACGACGUGAGAAACGUUGUUGUAAUGAUUACGAUAUAAUUACUAAUAAAAUGUGAGGACAAAUCGCAUUUAUCCAU